AUGGAACAAAAUAUUAAGACCCUAUUAUUUAUUAGAAUUACAACAUUCAUCUUUUUAUGUUGGACAUACCAUUUUUACAGUUAUGUGAUUACUCUUAAGAAGUCUCUAGAGGGUGGGGACAAUUACUAUAGAAAAUUACAUGCAAGUAAUUAUCAUUUAUUGGAAAAAUACAAACAUAAUAAGUAUUUAAGAUUUUUAUGUUUAAAAAAUGAAAUUCAAAUUAAUGGAGUUUCCGAAAAAAAAGAUAUAUCUCAUAAUAAGAAUGAUGAUUCUGAAAAAAAAAAGCGAUCGAAAAAAUAUGCAUCAAAUAUUGCAGGUCAUAAAUCAGGAAUGAAAAAUAAAUCUUGUAUAUUUAAAACAAAAAAAUAUUCCCAUUUAGAAAAAAAAAUAUUCAAGGAACUUGAUUAUACGAGUUUUCUUCAAAAUAACAGGACAAUUAGUAAUAAGGUUUACACAAAAAUAAUAUGUAAAAAAUACGGAUUGCGUAUUGUUUUACCUUUUUUAAUUUGUUUGUUUUUAUUAAUAAUAUUUAUAGUAGAAAUAUCACUAACAUAUAGCAACAGUGGUAGUUUAUUGUAUCAUUUAGGUUUGGACAAGCAAUCUUUAGAAUCUUUAUCAAAAAAUAAUAAAGGUCCAUGGUCACCUAUUGUAGGAGUAUUGAAAAGUUUGGGAGAAUUCUUGCAACACAGUACAUCAUCAUCGGGUACACUUUCAUGUGGCUGGUGUCAAGUAGCAUCAGAAGUUAGUGAUAUGUGUAUAUUAGGAAACUUUUUUCGUAUUCUAAUAUAUUUCGUACCUUUCGUUUUAUUAAGUAUCACUCUUAUAUCAGGAAUUCUUUAUUACCAUAAAAAAGUUAAAAAAUAUGAAAAAAUUAAAUUCGAAAAAAGGUAA